AUGUCCAACACUCUGCGUCCAUCGACUAGCACAUCGGGCUCUGAAGAUCCUUCCCUCAUCCGCCGCUCAUGGCACGCAAUGUCUGAUCUCCUCUUCCCCUUCUCCCCCUCCGCUCUUGCACAGCUCCCAAAGAACCUGCCUCGCCCCAUCCGCUACACCCGCGCAGAUGCCAUCCCCGACGCUGAACGCGAUGAGGACGGCCAGAUGCCCACCGUGCGCGAUUACCACUCAAUCAACUCCGUACCUCCACAGGUCCGCAUCCCGAAGAAGAUCCCCACACCGGUAAGAGUGGAGGGCAAAGUAUGGUUCGCAAAUGAACGGACGUGGAUAUCGUACCUGAACAUGUCCAUGUUAAUCGGCGCUUUGGCUGUCGCUUUGUUCAAUGCAUCCAAGGAUGACGUUGCGAGGAACUUUGCUUACACUUACGCCGCCAUCAGCAUCGGCAUCAUGGUGUAUGGAUAUGCGGUCUACCAGCAUCGCAUCACCAUGAUACGGAGACGUGAUCCAGGUCACUUCGACCAAAUCCUGGGCCCCAUCAUCAUCAGUGCAUUCCUAUUUUUUGCCGUCCUGGCGAACUUCGUUAUACGCGUCCGCGAACUCCAACGCAAGAACAUCUCCAUUCCAGGUCUAUCCUUCUUUUCGUUAUAG